AUGGCAUUAUCAUUUUCUACUACUAAUAAAUUUCUAUUAAAUAAUCAACAAAUAUUAAGAUCAGUUUUAAUAUUAUCUGUUCGUUAUAAACAACGUGGACAUAUUGCUGAUCAUCUUGUUGAACAUCAUAGACAAUCAGCAUUAGGUAAAUUGAAAAAUGGUGCAGCUGUUGAUGCUUUUCCACCGAAAGAUGAUACAACGAAAGAUCUCCGUACUACACCACAUGAUUUUAAAUAUGUUUAUCCUGACUUUUUACCAAAUCCAAUUCCUUAUUUACGUGAUCGAAUACUUGAAAAACUCGAACGAAAAGAUAUGUUUCGUCGACGACAACAAAUUGAUAUACCAGAAUUUUAUGUUGGAAGUAUUCUUGCUGUAACAUCAGCUGAUCCAUAUGCACCUAAUCGACGUCAUAGAUUUGUUGGUAUAUGUAUUCAACGUGAAAGACAUGGACUUAAACAUCAAUUUACUCUAAGAAAUAUUGUUGAUGGCCUUGGUGUUGAAAUUAGUUAUGAAUUAUAUAAUCCAACAAUAACUAAAAUUGAAGUUCUUAAACUUGAACGACGUUUAGAUGAAAAUCUUGCUUAUUUACGUGAUGCACCACCUGAAUAUUGUACAUUUCCAUUUGAUAUGGAACCAGUUAAAUUACCACCUGGUGCUGGAGUACCUUUGAAUACAAUUCAAGUACCAAUCACUAGUACUCAUUGGCAAUAUAAAUGGGAGCGUCAUGAUUUAAAAGGUAUUCUUUUACCAUCAUUACCACGAAGUGUACGUAAAGCAGCUGAACGUUUUGGUGAACCAUGGCGUCAAUGGGAUAUAAUGAGACAAUAUCGAACUGAAAUUCAUGAUGAUGAUAAAGCUGAAAUUUAUGAAGAUAUUGAAAAACAUAAAGAAGAUUUAGCACAAUAUCGUAUUGAUAGUAAAGAAAAUGUUAAGAUUACACGAGCAAGACCAAAAGCAGCUGGAAGAAAAGCAAUUUUAGAUAAUUCAAAUCGUUCAAAUAUGUCUACUUCAAAAUAA